CCAAAGACGUUGGUAGGAGAUUUGUAUCUAUACAACAUCGUUUCGGGAAUUUUUUUGUUGUUAUUGUGAGAAAAGGGUGCUAAUGGUUUCUUAUAUAGAACUGAGUGUUUAAUAACUAAUUAAUUAUUGUGGUUAAGUGACGAAUAUCAAUAUAUACAUACAUAUAUGUGUAUACUUGUUACAUGCAUAUGAUGUACUUAUGCUUGAAACAAUUAAUAUAUUUGAAAUAGUAUAACGGAAUUGAUUACGUAAAAUGGAUAAGUGUACUACUACAUUAGGAGAGUGAUUGAUGGUUCAUUGAUUCAUAAAUGUAAUUAUACAAAAAUUGAUUACGAGUUCAUUUGACAGUGCUACUGAUAAACCGGUGAUAAUAAACUCUACUAGGAAAAGAAUUACAAUUUAAAAAGAUAAUUUGGUCAAAAAACAAAAAAAAAAUGUUGUGUGCAAGUUCCCCUCCAGCUAGUCCAGCUCCAUCAGAAAUAUCGGUUGGUGCACCUAGUCCACCGCCUGAACAUCAUGGCGAUGAUUAUUUUCGUCCGCUUAAACGACUUAAAGGAAUUAGUUCGAGCGAUCGAUCGUCUAGUCCACCAUCGCGAUCCAGUUUAGAGGGCGUCAAGAGCUUUUCCAUUGCAGACAUACUCGGCCACGAGGAACCCAUGAACAAUUUACAAAACCAAAAUCACCUUCAUCAUCAAACGAAAAUAGUCAGACCAUGGGAUCACCUCAGAGGACCCGUUCCAGUUCCAGUUCGACCAUUUGUUCCGCCAGCAUUGUUACACUACGAACACCGUUUAGCGUUAGAUUAUCAGCGACAAAUACAGGAGCACUUGAAUGCCCAAGCACAGUUACUCAGGCAUAUGAACAUGUCUAUGGAUAUUAUACCAUCGGAAAGUGGCUCGGACCGGUCUAGUUCUGCGGCUAGCGAUUGUUGUUCGCCGGAUAUUGGUGGUAGAUUGUCGGAUCAUCAUCAUUCCCAGCAAUCGUCUCCACAAAGUGGAUCAGCAAAAAGUGUUCAACCCAAUGGGACGCCAUUAGAUGCAUUAUUUCAAAUGACCAAUAAAUCAUUCGAUGAAGCGAACGGUGAAAAUGGAUCAGAUCAAUCGCAUUUAAAUUUAUUCGCCUCCCGCACCCAACCAAAGAAAAAACGAAAAUCCAGAACAGCAUUUACGAAUCAUCAAAUUUUCGAAUUGGAGAAACGAUUUUUGUAUCAAAAAUAUUUGUCGCCUGCUGAUCGAGAUGAAAUUGCUGCCGCUCUGGGAUUGUCUAAUGCUCAGGUCAUCACAUGGUUCCAAAAUCGUCGAGCGAAAUUGAAGCGGGACAUGGAAGAAUUGAAAAAGGAUGUCGAAACGGUAAAAGUUCUAUCAGCACAUAAAAGUUUCUUAGAAAAUGUAAAUGAUUUAGGAAUUCUGAAGAAGAAAACAAUACACGAAGAAGGUGGAUCACCGAAAUGAGCUCUCCGAACUCUCAAAUCGACAAAAAUAUAAAUGUUUUUGAAGUGAGAAAAUGUGCAACAACAACAACAAAAACAACAACAGCAGCAACAAACAACACACAAACAUUUAUACUACAAAAUGUAACAGAGAAUAUUUCUGAAUAAAAGUUUUAUGUACGGUGAUUUUAGCAAAGUAAUUAAAUCUAAAUAUAUAAAUAAUUGUACAUAAAUAUAGGCAUCGUUUAUUUAUAAAAUGUAAUUUCGUUUAACAUAAAUGUGUAAAUAAUUUUGUAGAGUUAAUGUACUGUGUAAAGUGUAAUAAUAUGAAUUCAAUUCGAAUUGUAAUGAUGCAAAAAAAAAUGAUAAAAAAUAGUGUUAAAGUUGAAAUUAAUUUAUGUUAAAUUACUACAAAAAUAGUCCAAUUAUAAAAAUAUGAACAUUGAACAUUUAUAUAUUACACGAAAAAAGUGAAGAAAGAAAGUAAAUCAACGC